ACAAUUCCCAGAAUGCACUUGAAGUUAACUGUGGAAAGGGGGAAGGGAAACUGAGAUUGGAGGGAGUGAAACUGAGAUAUCCAUGACAACCAGUUUGACAUAGCAUGGCAUGAGUGCCCCCUAUUGGUUAGAUCCUGUCAAGGAGAAGGCCCACUCCAACUCUGCAAGGCUUCAAGACUCGCCCCACCUGGGUUUGAACAUUGUUACAUCGUGGAUGUGAGGUGCCAACAUUGAGUGUCAAAGCAAUGAAGCGGCUGGGAAAGAAAGAGGCCAUACCAGACCAGCAGUGUCCAUACCCAGCCCUGCAGCCCCUCUAAUGGGGCAGGAUGCACAACAAUUGAAUUCAAUGAGAUCAACCUGUUGACUCUAGUCUGGACCAAGAGAGAGGAAGGAAGGAGAAGUUUGAAAAGCAGUAGUUGUGGAAAGGGACACAACAGACAACAUGAGGGUCUUCCCAAUAGCACUUUUGGCCGCCUUAGUCUGAGAAAUUAGGCUUUAAAGAACAGGGAUUACCCACUCACACAUACAUAGUCUCACACACUCAUGCCAUGGAAGAGGACAGCGGUGUCACAUCACACACGGAGGGUCUGAAUGGUUUGUCCCAUGAAUGUAAAGAGACAGAGGAGCUAACCAAUGGCCACUCUAACCACAAACCUGUGAUUAAUGGACUGACUCCAGGUCAUAGUGUCAAAGGGCACGCCAAUGGCAGUUCACUGCUCAAGUCUCUGCCAAUUUCAGCUCUGAAGCAGAAUGGCCUUCUGCAGUCCCUGGCUACAGGAGGAGAACAACCCAAGACUGAAGAGGAGAGUGCGGAGGUGGAGCAGGCUCGAGAGGAGUGGGAGGCUCUAGAGAGUAUCCAACCAGUGGUCAGUGAGGAGUCCAGUCCUACUCCUCUCAUCUCCUUUAAUGAGGCGUUGCAGCACUUCCAGACCACAGACCUUGGCGAGGUGCUGAAGAACAUCCAGCCCACCAUCCGUAGGACGGGUGUGGCCGCUAUCACACACUUCCUGUUCGGCCCGCCGCGAAUUCACAGAGAACUACUGGAGGAGAGGGACCUGGUCUUCGCCAUCGCACAGUGUUCUUUGGAUAACAGUCAGGCUGUACACAUGCGUGUUCUACAGACCAUCUAUAAGAGGCUGACAGGCAGCAAGCAGGACUGUCCUCGGUUCGGCACCCACUGGGAGAAUGUGGGCUUUCAAGGUACGGACCCAGCCACAGACCUGCGUGGUACAGGUUUCCUGGGGCUGAUGCACACCCUGUACCUGGUGAUGGACCCUGAGACUCUGCCUCUAGCCAGAGACAUCUACAAGCUGUCCCAACACCCCACACAGAACUUUCCGUUCUGUGUGAUGUCCAUCAACAUGACCCGUAUCGCCCUGCAUGCACUCAGAGAAGAGGCCCUCUCCAAGGAGUGUAACCGGCGACAGCAGGUAGUGGGGGUGUUGAAUGAGUUCUAUGUUGCCACGUUCCUGCACCUCUACCAGCUUUGGAAGAGCCAGCAGAAGACUAUCUCUGACUCUGGCUUUGUCCUCAAAGAAGUGGAGCUGUUUGCCAAAAAGAACCCCAAGCAGAUGCUGCGUCGGCUUGACGUCUUCCUGAGGGAGAGAAAGUCGGGCGGCGCCCCCCGGGCCUCCCCAGACCCCACGGCCCAGCAACCCUCACCCUGCCUGGGGGAGAGAGGGGCCAGGUCUGAGGGAACCAGGGGCAAGGAGAUGCACUUCACUGGAGUGUGUGAGCUGACCCCAGACAUGGAGGGAGAGGCCAGGCUCAUCUGAGACAUAGGGAGAGAUAGACUGAGAGUGAGAAGGACUAUGUGAGUACAGCUAGACUAGUCUGAGCUGGAAAGAGAGAGUGUGUGUCUGUUUGUGUGUGUGUGUGAGACAGAAAGAGAAUGAGGACCCCACCAAACCCUGACCCCACUACUUUGUGGUACAUACCCAUUGAUGCUUUAAAGCUGCUCUCAGAUCAUUUUGUAUGGGAUCCCUUUUCUCCCAACAGAAGUACAUGGCGUGGCGGUCAGAUAACACUAAAUCACAGACAUGGGACUGGUGGAUGAAUAGAAGAUGUCAUUAAAGAGGACGAGAGAGUGAAUGAAAUAUUAGCGUUUUCUCUGGGUCUAGUGCAGGGACAGGCAAUUUUACCAUACAAGGACGCACCUGAUUCUUCUACUAAUCAUCCAAUCAUAGUCUUUAAUCAAGGCGUUGAUAAGUCGAAUCAGGUGUGUUUCAGCUUGGCUGGAGCCAAAGCCUGCAGAGUAAGAAUGCCCACCCUUGGUUUAUUGAAUAGCUGCCAAGCCCCAGGGCACCGAUCUGUCUAUACGGCCCUAGUAGAGAUCUGGAAAGCCAUAGUGUGUAUGUCUGUUUUCUACUGUCAGCAGAACCAAGCCUGGGUGUGUUUGUGUGUGCGUGCUGGGUAUGGAGGUAAAGGUCUGUGUUGGCUAUAGGGAGUUGGAACAGUGAGCAAUGUGUUUGUGUGUGUAGUCAGGCUUAUGUGUGUGGUGGGUCUGUGGGCUCUGAUGGUUAUUGUCUCCAUCUCCCAGUGCAGGUUGAAUAGGCCCAGAGCCCCCCUAUUGUAUGGGGGAUAUAUUUUUUAAUAAUUUAAAAACAAUUUUAGUCCUUUCCAAAGGGAUAGCUGUCAUGACAAUAGAUGAGAUUAUACUGUAUAUGAAAUGAUAUUAUAUGGAUAUAGUACUUGAUGGUAUUUAUAAAAGUGAGAGGAACUUAUUAUGCUAAGAAACUCAGGAUGAGGGUUAGAAUUGUUAAGCCCAGUUCAAAUACAUAAUGAGACGCGAAGCAACUGUCUUUAAAGGUGAACUCAGCGAAAUGACAUUGCCACGUGCAGCAACGACUUCAAGAGUUCGCGCUCACCACAGCCACUAUCUGCGCAUGCGCACAGGUUCGCUUCAGGUGUGUGGCUGCCACAGGACCAAAACAACAGAGAAAUUGAGCCUCAUUGCGUCAAGUUGUUGCGGAAAUUUACCCACUAUGCUGUUUACUUUCUGCAUCUACGUCAUACCGCUGAGUCUACCUUUAAGGAGUUUUAGAACUAAGUUUGUUUGAUAUGAACGAUGUCGUUUUAGAACGUCUCAGGUCGUCGGCUGCAGUUUCCAAGAUUCUAAGUUACAUGUCAAAGCUUUAGACAAAAAUCAGAGAAAAGUGCGCUAACGUUCUGUGUUCAGACAAUUAGCUAGUUUUGUUGCUGCACGUAGCUAGCAUUGCUUGCUGAUACAGUAUUUAUCUGACAAUUCAUAAAGUGUACCCUGUUUCUGGUGCAUGUAUUUUAGGACACUCGUUUGCUACAAGUGGCAACUUCGUUUCAAAGUUUCAUCACGUCAUUAUAAAGAGGCACUGUUACUGUGGAAAAGGUGUCAACUGCGCUUCUCGUCUUGAUCUGAUUGUCCCUUUCGUCAGCUGUUGUGCAACGUUCUAAAAUUAGCUACUUGUUAUCUCGUCUCAUGUCGGCUGUUGUAUCUGAACUGGGAUUUAGCCUUCGUCUCAAAUAUAAUGUUUUAGUAGUCCCUAUAUAAUGUUCUGCUUUCGAUCAUAUGCCCUGUGUUUCUCUGGUCAAAAGUAGUGUAUUACAUAAUAAAAAAUGGUUUCAUUUUGAGAUGAGCAUUUAGACAGGUCAGUCAAGCCAACAGUUGACUAGCCAUGGAGUAGCAGAGUGUGUUUGGUGGGCUGGUUUAGUCAGACUAGUGAUUGAAGUCUGCUGGAAGCUUUCUACCUACAUUCCGUUAUAGAGCAUCCAACUGGAGUUGUUUGACCAGUGCAAUCGUCUGUGGGUUAUCUGGCUAAAUGGAUAGUGCACACAAAUUACACGUUUAGCUAAUCUCAUGGAUAUCUAGAAUGAGCUAAAGGUUAGGGUGUCCGUAGACGACGUGGUAUUGUUAUGAUGAGAAACAUUUGGGAGGAUUUACUCCUUUUAAAUGAUACGCUGAUAGCGAUGAUAACAGUGAAGGGUGUCUCUAAGAAGGUGUACCGUAUGCAAUCCCAAUUCUGUCAUGGAUAAUCAGUAAUAAUAGUGUUGUAUGAUGAGGGAAAUCCUUCCUUAUUUCAGGGUGUGUGUGCUUGUGUUUGUGGGGAAUGGUACAGUAUGGCAGGGGAGCAUAGCUCUGCAGUCUCAAUCAGUAGCAUGUUCAGGUAGCACUAGUACUGUAGCAUCCGAUAGCAUCCUUGUUGUUUUACCUUCCUUGUAGAAUUUGUUGCUCUUGGUCAUGUCUCAUUUACAGUCUUUAGUGUCAGUGAGUGUUCAAGCUGUUACUAUAGGACAUUCACCCCCCCCCCCCUUCUACAAGA